GAGUUAGAGAAGAAGCAGAGAAAUCAGGCCAAUAAAGCUUUCAGACCCAAGGUUGAUUCGAGUUUGACCACUGUCAUGUUAUUCCCGGGUCAGGGGAGUCAGUUUGUAGGGAUGGGCAAACUCCUUCUCGAGUACCCCAACGUCAGGGAUAUAUACAAACUUGCCAGCAAAAUCUUAGGUUAUGACUUGAUAGAAGUUUGCCUAAAAGGUCCAAAAUCCUUGUUAGACAAGACCUUAUACUGUCAGCCUGCUGUCGUUGUGACAUCUCUGGCCGCCAUUGAAAAGUUGAAAUACGAUAAUCCUAAGGCCAUAGAAAGUUGUAUAACCACGGCCGGCUAUAGUGUUGGUGAGAUUAGCGCUCUGGUCUUCGCUGGCUCAUUGAGUAUCGAAGAUGCCAUAUACUUAGUCAAAUAUCGAUCAGAGGCCAUGCAGAAGGUGUCUGAGGGUACCCCGGGGUCCAUGAUGGUCGUAUUUAUAUCGCCAUCAACUAAACUCAACUUCGCAUGCCACGCUUCCAAACUCUACUGCAAGCAAGAACUCAAGAUGGAGGAGGUAGUUUGUGAGAUUUCCAACUACCUCCAUCCAGGCUGUAAGGUCGUGGCUGGAAAUUCCCAGGCCUUGAAAUUUAUAGAGAAGAAUGCCAAGGAGUUUGAAAUUCGAAGAACGUCUUACCUGCCUGUAAGCGGUGCUUUCCAUUCCAAACUAAUGCAGCCUGUCGUUGAGAUGUUAAAAUCAAAAAUUUCCUCUCUAAAAAUUAACGACCCCGUCGUACCAGUGCACUCUAACGUCACAGGAGCCAGGUUCAAAAACGCAGACGAUAUCAGGAAAUUAAUUCUAAAACAAAUCUGUAUGCCUGUGAAGUGGGAGCAGACUCUGCAUUCGAUCUACGCUCGACCACAGGGAAAAAAUUUCCCCAGAACUUUUGAAGUGGGCCCUGGAAAACAGAUGGGGGCCUUGCUAAAGAUGGUCAAUGCCAAGGCGUUUGAGGAGUACCAGAAUGUUGAUGUCUGAUUGGUUGGCUGAUUGACUGUUUGAUUGAAUGGAUGAUUGUUUGAUUGAUUGAUUGAUUGAUUUGAUUGGUAUGUUGCUUGAUUAAAACUUUAUUCUAUUAAAAAUUUGUUCAUUUAUAAAGGAGAAUACAAAUGUCAAUA